AUGCAGCCAGCAAGCCCCGCGUCUACCUGCCGCUCCGCCUAUGAUCCUCCACCAACUAUGCAUGCUGGCAGCUGCCAGACGGCCGAGACGCGCGCCUCAGCCGCACGCGUUGGGGGCGGAAACGCUGCGCCCCAAUGCCAGCUCGAGGCGACCGCCAGCAUGUAG